AUGUCUUUUCUUUGUUCUACAGAUACAACAAUCCCUCGAUCCUUCCUCGCUCUCCGACAACCCAACGCAAUGUCCCAAUCUACGCAAGCACUGCCCAGCGCACGUUGGACCUCCUUCGAGAACUGGAACUGGGGCGACUGGGGCCCCCGACUGAAGGCCUUCCUCGCCGCCAUCAACAAGCCCGCGAUCGUGAGCCACGCAUCCACCCUCAUCGGUAAGACCCUCACCCUGAGCACACCCUUCUCCGCAGGCCAAUACUGGUGCUGCUUUGAGCUCGUCGCCCCGGACGGCACGCUGGUCAUCGCGCGCGUUCGCCUCCCUCCUCUCGACCCGCACGCCACCCUGGACCACGACUACCGCGCCGCCUGUGAAGUCGCAACCAUGGCCUACGUCCGCGACACGACCGACAUCCCUGUACCCCGCGUGCACGCCUACGAGCCGCCGGAAUCCCCCCGCGCGCACGCCGCCGGCGCCGCCUACAUGCUCCUCGAGGGCCUGCGCGGUAACAGUCUCAUGGACCUGGAGACGGACCUGGCCGACCUGCCCGCGCCGCAGCUGCACCGGCUACUGGCGCAGUGGACGCGCAUCCAGGCGCGCCUCGCUACACUCACAUUCCCGCGCAUCGGCGCCGUCGCCGCCUACACGCCGGCCACGGGCCCGACGCUCGGCGCCAUCGCCACCGACGCCGGCCGCAUCGGGCCGUUCGACGACGCGGUCGAGUACCUGCUCGCCGAGGCGCGGGGGCGGUAUGCGCACGCGCAGAAGACACCGCUGCCGGACGCGGACGCGGACGCGGACGCCCGCUACCACCGGCUGGGGCCGUUCCUGCAUCUGGACAUCAUCCGGCGGUCUGCGCUAUUCCGCGCGCACCGUGCGGGCCCGUUCCCCCUGCUGCACAUGGACAUCGGCACGCAGAACCUGCUCGUCGACGCGGAGUACAACAUCGUCGGCGUCGUCGACUGGGAGAUGGCGCAGACCGCGCCGUGGGCCGCGCACCACUACCAGUACCCGUUUCCGCCGGCGGACGACCCGGCCGAUAUGGCGGCUGCGCUGGGCGAUCCGGAUCACCCGGCCCAUGUGGGCUACAGCCGGAUCCAUGCGUUGCAGCGGCUGUAUUGUUGUAAGUUUGCGGAGGCGGAGGCGGCGCUGAGGGAGGAGGGGACCCCGCUUGCGGUGUCGGUUGCGGAGGUGCUGGACUCGGAUGCCUCCCGUGCGUACUUUAUGAUGGAGAGACAUGGUGUUGAUGGGCCUGUGUGGGAUGAGGUGUUUGCGCGCGCGCUGGUGAGGACUGCGUAUGGGCUUGAUGAGGAGGGAGUCAGGGAGUAUAUUGAUUGCAAGGAGGCGGAGAUGGAGGCGGAGUUGGAGCCCGAGGCUGAGGGCUGCUGUGAGGGGUGA